AUGACUUGUGUUGCAAAUAGUUUUAUGAAUAACUGUGGUAGAAGCAAAGUUGAUCAGUCACUAUAUGGUCUGUUGGAGCCUCAAUCUAUACACAAUGCUAAGGACAGACGUGAACAAUGCCAAGAAUACAUUCAAACAUGGGUCAAGGAAUCACAAAGGCAGUUGUACUUAGGGGCUUACUUGCAUCAGGAAAACACGGUUGUUUGGUUUUGUUCUCUGAGGAAGAAGCCAGAUAUUAACAUCAAAGCCACAAUUAACAGUGCAAUGAAGACAAUAACCAGUUCUUUCCAAGGCAUGUCUAAUCAAGCUGCACCUCGGUGGGUUGAACCAAAGAGUCAUGUCCAAACUGGAGCGUACGAGUGCGGAUAUUAUGUCAUGCAUUGGAUGUGGUGCAUAGUGACUGGUGGAUUGAAGGAUGACUGGAACAAGUGGUUUUCUGAUGGAUCACCGUUAGACGUGGAGGCCAUCACCACACUUCGCCAAAAAUGGGCAACAUUCUUUUUAAGUAUUAGGAAAAACGGAUGCUAAAGAGGAUUUUCAUUAUGUAGUAGAACAUUUUUAGUGUCAUUACAUCAUUUUGUUUAAAAUUUCAAACAAUUG